GUUUCAUGCAGUCAGACUACCGUUAAUUUCUGAGCUGUAUUUUUGUAGAAAGCAAGUGCCACUGUCUCUUCUUUUCAUUAUGGAUUUGUGAUGCAUACGCGUUUGAGCUUAUAGUGAAUUAUUUGGUGCUUGUCGUCCUCCUUGCUGGUGUUGCUGCUGGUGUCUUGGGUAAUCCUCUUGGCGGAGGUGGUGGACAGCUUGCUAAAGGUUUAAAACAAGGUAGCUUUGGUGGACGAAAUGGUAUCAAUGGCAAAGCACUGGCAACAGCUAUCGUUCUGACUCAGAAUUGGUAUACAGGAACGGUAUUAUCUGGAUCCACGUAUUUUCCACAUGGUCUCACAGCAAGUACCAUCUACACUGCCAGUGUUGAGAUUCAAACUGCUGUCGACACGUGGAUACCACCGAAUGACAUUCUCGCCGGGUAUGCCUAUACCUGGUAUGUUAUUGGUCCAAACUUUUAUAUUAGUUUAACAACCACAAAUUCAGCACAAAUCCAACAGAAACCAUUUCGAGUUCUCAUUCAAUUUCGAUCAGCCUGA